CGAUAACUACUACUCCGUACUACACAACUACCGAUUGAUGCAGUUCCAUUAAAAGGAAGAAAAGAAAAAAAGAGAAAAAGGGAAAAAGAACACUCUCCUCUCUGGCUCUUCUCUUCUCCCAACCUCUGCGGUUCGUUUUUUCAUUUACGUGCUCUGUUUGAAGACUAUUGGCUUUACAGAACGGUGACCGAGAUUUAUGCUCAAGAAAGAACGCCCAUCAUGUCCACCAAAUCCAAAUCUGCUCAACCGGCAACUCCAAAGAGCAAGCCUUCACUUGUAACACCCCGGCUAAGUCAAGCGGGCAAAGCAGCAGGAGCUGCCAAAUCUGAUUCUGCUGAUACACCAACUAAAUUGCAAGCCCCUCGCUCUUCGCUUUCGUCUUCUUGUGAUAAGUCUCCAAGAUCUGUUACAUCAAAGCCUUCUGUGGACCGGCGAUCGCCCAAGUUCCCUCCCGAUAAAAAGCCAACUCGCAUUUUGAAGCCAUCAUCAGAGUUACAGGCAGAGCUAAAUGUGGCUCAGGAAGAUUUAAAGAAGACCAAAGAUAGGUUAGCUUCAGUCGAGAAGGAGAAGGCUCAGGCUCUUGAUGGCUUGAAGGAAGCACAGAGGAAGGAAGAGGAAGCAAGUGAGAAGCUGAAAGAGGCUAUGAUGGCUCAAAAACGGGCCGAAGAGAGUUCUGAGAUUGAAAAAUUCCGUGCCGUUGAAAUAGAACAGGCAGGCAUUGAAGCAGCUCAGAGAAAGGAAGAGGAAUGGAAAAAAGAGGUUGAAGCUUUGAGGAGCCAACAUGAUGUAGACCAUGCUGCUCUUCUGUCUGCCACACAGGAACUUCAGCAGCUUAAGGAAGAGCUUUCCAUGACUCGUGACGCCAAAAACCAGGCUCUCAACCAUGCAGAUGAGGCCACUAGGAUUGCUGAGGCACAUGUGGAAAAAGUGGAAACACUUUCGGCUGAGUUGGCCCGGCUGAAAUCCACCCUUGAGUCAAGGUUAGAGACAGAGGAGGAUGAGAAGAAUGAGCUGGUUGCUGAGCUGGAUCUUGAGAUAGAGACACUGAAAAGGGAAGUUGAGAAAGCAAAAAUUUACGAGGAGAAGUUGAUGGAAAAAGAGGCCCUCCUUGAUCAACUUAAUGUUGAGCUGGAGUCUGCAAAAACUGCUGAAUCUUAUGCACAGACUCUAGCGAAGGAAUGGAAGAAGAAGGUGGAGGACUUGGAGGUACUGGCUGCAGAAGCACAUAGGCAAGAGACUUCUGCUUCAGAAUCCUUGGCAUCGAUUAUGAAACAGCUGGAAGACAGCAAUGAUUUGCUGCAUGAGGCUGAAUCUGAGAUUGAAUCCCUCAAAGAGAAGGUUGGCCUACUGGAGAUCUCCAUCGGCAGGCAGAGAGGAGACCUUGAGGAAUCCAAGUGUCAACUUAAGAUGGCCAAGGAUAAGGCUUCCAAUAUGGGGAAAAAGGUUGAAUCUCUUACCUCUGAGAUCGAAACUGUAAAAGAGGAGAAGAUUCAGGCUUUGAACAAUGAAAAACUUGCAGCCAACAGCGUACAAAAGCUGUUGGAAGAGAAAAACAAGCUUUUGGAUGAAUUGGAACGCAACAGGGAAGAAGAAGAAGGGAGCAAGAAAGCAAUGGAGAGUCUUGCAUUGGCCUUGCAUGAAAUGUCAUCAGAGGCAAGGGAAGCCAAAGAAAGGUUGUUGUCUAUCCAAGUUGAGCAUGAAAAUUAUGAAUCUCAGAUAGAGGACCUGAAGCUGGUUCUGAAAGCCACGAAUGAGAAGUACGAGAACAUGCUUGAUGAUGCAAAACAAGAAAUCGAUCUUCUAAGUGUGGCCGCUGAGAAAUCCAAGCUUGAUUACCAGAAUUUGAAGACUGAGUGGGAUGAGAAAGAGAUCAAUUUUAUUAACAGUGUCCAAAGAUCCGAGGAGAAGAAAUCUUCAAUGGAGAACGAAAUAAGAAGACUGGAAACAUUGCUAAAACAGAUGCAAGAAGAAGCUUCCUUUGCCAUUGAAGAAGAAUAUAAAUUGAAGGAGUCCCUUAAGGAAACGGAGUCUGAAGUCAACUAUUUGAAGGAAGUCAUUGGUGAGGCAAAAGCUGAGAGCAUGAAAUUGAAGGAGUCUUUGACGGACCAAGAGAACGAAAUGCAAAGCAUUAAACAGGAGAAUGAGGAACUUCGGAGUAGGGAAGCAGCAUCUUUGAAGAGAGUUGAGGAGCUGUCCAAGUUGCUUGAGGAAGCUAUGACUAAAAAGUCAGCUGCCGAAGAAAACGGAGAACUUACCGACAGCGAAAAAGAUUAUGAUGUGCUUCCAAAGGUUGUUGAGUUUUCUGAACAAAAUGGGGGAAGAGAAGAGUAUCCCAGGAUAGAGGAGAUCUUACAUCAACCUGAGCAUUUUGCAAUAAAAGAGUUUGAAAAAGUGAUUGCCACACCUGAUGAUGCCGCCGGCAAAGAAACUGAAAACGGAGUGGGAGGCAUGGAGGAAACAGCUAAAGAAAAGGUGAAAAAAGAGAAGGAUGAUGCCGGCUCCGUUGAAGCAGAUUUUAAAAUGUGGGAAAGCUGCAAGAUUGAGGAUAAAGACUUCUCCCCAGAGGAGCAGGAAGAGGAGGAGCUGGAGUCUAAGGAGGCAGAAGCAGGUGAGAACGAUGAUCACCAAAAUGGGCUGUCUGCAGCAGAAAACCAUGACAACACUUAUCUUGUAAAGCAGCAGAGUCAGAAGAAGAAAAAAGCUUUGCUGGGUAAAUUUGGUAGCCUGCUGAAGAAGAAAGGCACUAGCAACCAGAAGCAAUAGGUACAUUCGAUCGUAUGUUGAACUUUCAACAUAUUUGGCUUCUAUGCAAUUCUUUUUUUUUUUUUUUUUUGCUUCUUCCCAUUCAUUUUCGGAUAGAGGUUGAAUACACAUGAAAGAAAACGGCUACCGUCUUAUCUCCUGCCCUAUUUGUUUCGCCUUAUCUUUCUCUGUGUGAUGUUAUGUCAAGGUUGGGAGAAUCCUCCCUUUGGUUUUUUUCCCAGACUUUCUUUGUAUAUUAUAUUUCCUUUUUGCUUGGUAUCAAACACGGGUGUAUUAUAUAGUGUGAUUAUAUAGUAGCUAGUCUUUCCCGCCAGGCAUGAUUUGGCAUAUAUU